AUGGUGCCAGGAGCCUCUGCUAUCUCUGACAGCCUCCAUCCCUCAGAGAGGCUCAGCCAGACCUGUCAGCCUGCAGAAGGUGCAGAGCGCAGGGACAGGUCUCCCAGCUCCCUUGGACCCUUGGACCUCAACAACACAGGUGCAACCCUGACCACUGGCAUGGCCUGGGAAAACCCACAGGUCCAAGUGGGAGCCCAGCCUAAUCCAGGGGAGGCAUCCCAGGAGCAGGUGGAGGAGCAUCUAGUGUCCUGGAGCCAGGAGCUGCCGGACCACAGCUCCCAGGUGACGGUGCUGGACAUGCCAGCUGGCACCAGGCCGUGCCUGGUGGAGGAGACAAUUCCUGUGGGACCAGGGAGUUUCCUCCAUCUCCAGGAAGCUGCCCCAAGACGGCCCUUGACUACCGCCAAGGCCUUUCUAAGAGCAGGGCACAAGAAGGAGCUGUGGGUGCUGUACCAGCUUGGCCCACAGCUAGGGAGCAGUGGCUUCAGCACCGUUUUCUUGGGGACCCGCCUCUCGGACGGGAGCCUGGUGGCCAUCAAGCACGUGGCUUGGGACAUGGUCCUACAGUGGGACGAGCUGCCUGACGGCACCCGUGUUCCCGUGGAGAUUGUGCUGAUGGAGAAGGUGGGCUUCGGCUGCCACAGAAUCAUCCAGCUUUUUGACUGGUUCGAGCUCCCUGACAGCUUCGUGCUGGUGAUGGAGCAAUCUUGGGAUCUCUUGCACGUCCUGCUGGAGCAAGAGUUCCUGAGUGAGGAGGCGGUGUGCUGGCUUUUCUGGCAGGUGCUGGAGGCCGUGUGGCACUGCACCGCCUGCAGCAUCCUGCACUGAGACAUCAAGCUGGAGAACCUCCUCGUGAACCUGGAGACUGGCAACCUGAAGCUCAUCAACUUCAGUCGUGGCACCUUCCUCCAGGAGCAGGCCUGCACAGUUUGCAGGUGA